UAACAAGCGACUCAGACACUCAGGUGGGAGAUUUGAAGUCGUUGCAGCAGAAAAACAAACGGAGUUUAACUGUAUUUUUGUCUGGCAAGUUCGCAUCUAAUGCAUUGACACGGUAUCUUAGAACCUCCUAUGACCGUUUUAUGAUACAGAAUGGCCACUCCGAGCAAGACGCCACCCGGUGCUGACCCGAAGCAGUUGGAGCGGACUGGGACUGUCCGUGAGAUUGGCUCUCAGGCGGUGUGGUCCCUCUCCUCCUGUAAACCCGGUUUUGGUGUGGAUCAGCUGAGAGAUGACAACCUGGAGACAUACUGGCAGUCGGAUGGAUCCCAGCCUCACCUUGUCAACAUCCAGUUUAGGAGGAGGACAACAGUGAAGAUGCUGUGUAUUUAUGCUGAUUAUAAAUCAGACGAGAGCUACACUCCUAGUAAGAUCUCUGUUCGAGUGGGCAACAACUUCCACAAUCUUCAAGAAAUCCGGCAACUGGAGAUGGUGGAGCCCAGCGGCUGGAUUCACAUCUCUCUCUUAAAUCAGCGGACAAACGAGCCGAUCAGCACCUUCAUGAUCCAGAUCGCCGUGCUGGCCAACCACCAGAACGGCAGAGACACGCACAUGCGGCAGAUCAAGGUGUACACGCCGGUGGAGGAGAGCUCCAUCGGAAAGUUCCCACGAUGCACCACGGUGGACUUCAUGAUGUACCGUACGAUCAGGUGAUCCAGACUUACGCGUGACCCGCUGACCUGGGAAGUUCGGGAUCAGAUGAAACAUGACAGACUGAGAUCUGGAGCUCAUUAAAACUGACUGAAUCGAUCAUUUUUACACCGAGGAGGAAUUCAGCUCUGAUAUUUUAACAUUCGGUGCCAAUAUUAAAUGUUUAAAGUCAUUAAAAGCGGGACUUUGGCGCCGUUUGACGUAGAGACAGGUUGCUGAGUAAAAACACGCUGUUUUUACUCAGACUUUGGAAAACCUUUGUGCCAAUAAUCCUCCUGGAUUUGCUCCAUAAUGUUGAAAUAAAUGUUUCAGAUGACGGUGUUACUGUGUGAAAUGAAGAAAACAAGGUGUAAGAAGUUCAUUUAUAUCUUUGUAUGUAUCAAUAAUUAUAAAUCCUUUAUUACAACCAGCGAGAGAACUG